GCGAAAUGGAAGGCAAUCCUUAGUAGGUAGCUUGUCCUCUUCAAUUCCAAGGUUAGAUAUACACCGCCGAAUUUUCCAGAAACACGCAGUUCGACGUCACCCCGCGCAGCUUUGUCCUCGUCCACGUGAUAGUUGAACCUCUACGUCUCUCAAGAUACGACAAAACAACUCGUUCCCGUACCACUGUAGCUAAGCAAAUCAGCCACCAUGGGUUCCGUCGUGUUGCCGCAUUUGAGCACCGCCUGGCACGUCGACCAGGCCAUUCUCUCCGAGGAGGACAGACUGGUGGUCAUCCGAUUUGGUCGCGAUCACGACGUCGAUUGCAUGCGCCAAGAUGAGGUGCUUUUCAAGAUCGCUGAGCGGGUGAAGAACUUCGCGGUCAUUUACCUCUGCGACAUCGACGAGGUGCCCGAGUUCAACACCAUGUACGAACUCUUCGACCCCAUGACCAUCAUGUAUUUCUACCGCAACAAGCACAUGAUGUGCGAUUUCGGAACCGGUAACAACAAUAAGUUGAACUGGGUGCUCGAGGAUAAGCAGGAGUUGAUCGAUAUUAUCGAGACCAUCUACAAGGGGGCCAAGAAGGGUCGUGGUCUGGUCGUUAGUCCCAAGGAUUACUCGACGAGAUACAGGUACUGAGCUGGGUGGGCGUGUUGUGCAUGGGAGGUUUCUGCCUUCUGCCUGUGUUAAUGAUAUGAGUUAUGAGCGCGUGGACUUAUUAGAAGGCCUUGGAUUCUAGUUUGAGUUGAAUGUGAACUUUGAGGGUCUGC